AGAAAGGGGUUUGCUAACUGCCUUUACAUACUAAAGAAGAAGAAGAACCAUAAACACUGCAGGUUAUUAUCCUUGACAGCUGCAAAUCCUGCAAAUAAAUCAUCCUGUAUAAUGCACUAGUGGUUGUAUAUGCAAGUGUAAGCUAAGCCAGCUGGAGUUUACAGUUUGUAAAGCUGCUGUAAAACGAUGUCUCGUGUUUGUAAGAAGAAGCCCUCUGUGUGCACGGAUGAGCCUCUCACUGAUGAUGAGAUGAGCCACAAGCUAGCAGUGAUGCGGCACGCGCUGAGCUCUUGUUAUGGCCCACGUGGCAGAUUAAAACAAAUUCACAACAGUGUCGGGGGACAGGUUCAGAUCACAUCCACCUCAGCUGUACUGCUCAGAGCAAUGGCUUUCUCAGAGCCGCUGAUCAGACUGAUCUCUGCAGCCAUCUUGGAUCACAGCUCGAGAUUCAGCGACUGCGGGUUGUUUACAGGAGUCUUUUGCCUUGGCCUCAUUGAAAAUGGCAAGAGGUUGGGACUUGGGUCUGCUGUGGCAAGUCGAGUGUAUAAAUACUUGUUAGAAGAGUGCAACAGGUAUCUCAAUGCAGAUGAUUGUGGCUGUAAGGUUCAGGUGGACUUCAGCAGUAUUCGAUCACUCAUCACUUUAGCUCAUACCGCGAUCACUAGCAAACCAGCCUGCAUGCUCAACCCUGAGGAAUCACAACAUAUCGCCUCUCUGAUUGUGCAGGCCUUCCUUCGGUCUGUUCCUUCUACUUCAUCCAACAUCUUUGGAAGAACGCUGGUUGUGACCUUAGAAGGACCACCGGUGAGUGAUUCUGCAGUUUUCCCUGGAUUACUAGUCGAAGUGCCCAUUCUGCAGUCGGUGGAUCUGAAGAACCGUAAUCCAGGUCCCUGUAAGAUUGUGUUAUUUGGCACUUCUCUGUCAGGUGACUGCUCUGAAAUUGGAGAAGCGGCUUUAGAGAUCCAAGUGGGAAUAAAUCCUGAGAAGGUCGUCUUGGAGCAGCUGUUGAAGCUCGGCGAGAGAGUGGUUCAGGACGGUGUGGGAGUGUUUGCAUGUCAGAAGGUGAUUCACCCAGUGCUGCAGCAGUACUUGAAGGAACGUGGACUGGUGGUUAUCGAGCGGCUCGGACUUGCCCUAAUCGAGCCAAUUGCCCAAAUGACAGGUGCUCUGAUUAUGGCGUCUAUCUGCUCCCCAGUUCCAGCCAAAGCAUAUGGACAGCUCGGGGGACUCCAUCUGCACCGCAUUGCAUCUAAAGAGCUUCUCCAGCUCCUUCCAUCUGGAGAGGCAGCCGUUAGCACAAUGGUGCUCUGUCACAGGAACGAAACGAUGUUAGAGGAGCUCAAGGUGACGUGUCAGAGAGCAGAGCAUGUGCUGCGACUGACUCUUAAGGAGCCUUAUGCGCUGAUUGGAGGAGGCUGUACAGAAACAGUGUUGUCUGCUUACAUAAAACACACGAGUGAGUCUAAGGCCAGUGAAGCAGCCUUAUCUGUAAAGUGCUCACGUGCAGAGUUCCUCCUCGCUACAGAGGCGUUCUGCUGCUCUCUGCACUCUGUGGCUCUUUCUUUAGACCAUGAUGACCAGCACUUCCUCAUGGACUUGACUCAUGCUCAUUGCUGGGUUACAGAAGAGGAUGCACACUCACAAACCACAACCUUACACCCCUGCUGCUGUGGCCUGGUAAAGGAAAGAGCAGAUCUGGAGAAGAUCUUUCUUAAUAUUUCUCUGAAGACAGUGCAUCACUCCUUCCUGCCUGCACCCAUCAAAUCUGAUGAUCAACCAAGAUUGUUGGACUCAUUCACUGCCAAGCUCAAUGCCUUGAAUGUUGCUGUAGAGACAGCUAAUCUUAUGCUCAAUGCAAGAUACAUUAUUAGGGAUGUGAAUUAAUUGGGUAUAUACAGUAUUUGUAAAUGAGUUUAGUAUUUGAUAUGACACUUUGCAAACAAGGUGGCGCUGUGGAGUGUAGUUCCUGUGUCUAUACAUUAGAUGGAGACAUUCAUUUUUGGAGAAGAUUACCGCUCGGUCCCAUUUUGGCAUUCUGUGACUCAAGACUCUAUUUUUAUAAAGUAGUAUUUAUAGCAAAAGAAAAUAUUAGUAUUUAGGGUGACUUUGAUGUCUUAUUGUCUAUGAUGACUUAUUAUUUAUUUUUUAUUUAUUUAAAUUAUAUAUUGGCACAGAGAAUUAGCCCAGUUGAACAGCACAAAAGCUUCCUUAUUGCCCAAGCUUUUUAUUGUUUUAUUAAUUUUUUAUUUUAUUUUUAUUAUUAUUAUUAUUAUUAUUUUAUUUUUAUUUUUUUUUACAACUAUGCAGUUCCAAACUAAGGUUCACUUUUAUGUAGUUGCAUUAAAAACUUUGAAUGAUGAUCAGA